CAUCUGAAGGGAGCUGGAAAGGGGCACUUUCGUCCGCCGUAGCCAUUUUGACUCAAGACUCGUGAGGUGAGCGCUCCGUGUUUCCAUAUCGCAACUGACCACCUGUUCCUACACUUCUUGGCGAUCGUCCACUCAACGAUGGCACACGCACUGAUCUUUGCGGCGGCAUCUGUUGCGCUCACUUACACUGGGCGCCGAAAUCCAGCGCAUGCAGAUGUCAGUACAUGGGCUGGACGGCUCAGAGGCGGCAAAGUUGCGGCCUGAAGAUUGCACGGCCUUUUUUGUUGGGUACUUCGAGUUGGGUGAUGGGGGGUAUUGCGCGGAGCGGGCAUCAAUCAUCAACGUUGGGAACACAUCCCAGCCUGGCGACACAGUGCAAGAUUCCGCGGACCAGUGCAGUUUGUUGUCAUCCUGCUAUGCCUUCAGUUUCUCGGCAGGGCCGACCGGCACAGCCCAGCCGCAAUGUGCGUUGUGGCUAUCAAACGUAUGCACGAGCAUCAUCGACCAGAACGUCUGGAACAGGAGGUCUUACGCCAAGGAGAGCUUAACGACGGCACCAACGCCAGCGCCUACUCCCGCGCAGACGACGGAUCUGUGGUUGCCAGUGCUGAGCAUUGAUCACGCGGAUGGCACCGUCGGUGGGUAUUUCAAUUUCGAUUUGGUGGCGGAGCUCGGAUCUGGAACGGUUUAUUGGCCAGAUCUGAGGCAAUGCCGCGGUGGGGUGGAGUUUGCGGCUGGUUCUGGCAUGCUUUGGCAAGGUACCAACGGUGGAACGGUAGGCAAUUCUCAUGGACGUUUCGACAGUGCAAGUGCAGCUCUGGGUCAUCGUGAUUGGGAAGUGGGUGAUAUCGCUACAAACGGAGGAUGUCAGCCCAGUCCCACGCCUAGUCCGACGCCCACUCUGACCCCUAGCCCCACGCCAAGCCCGACGGCCUUCCCGACGCCGUAUCCGACCGCCCUGGCGAUCAACUCGACGAGCAGCCCGACCUCGUCCCAGAUGCCCAGUCCGACGCCUGUGUCAUACACAUUUGUCGCGUAUGGCGGUUCGUGCUCGGCAUUUGGCCUCGUGCCCGUGAUAACACAGAGCGAAUGGUUGAUCGCGGCGCAGCAGUGCUGCAAUCGGUGCACCAGCGCUGCAAUCGGCGAUUCGGGUUGUGGUGACAAUGUCGGUCUUCUGACUGUCCGUCCUGCAGGAUGCUACAGCAAAGCUGGGACCUAUUUUCAUUUCAAUCAGAGAACUGUCGGCGACGGAACUGUCGCGGGCUGGGGCUACGUGUGCAAGACAACCUUGGCGAGCAGCCCGACCUCGUCCCCGACGCCCAGUCCGACGAGCCGCCCGCCAAGCAGCCCGACCUUCAAUCCGUCCGCGUCCCCCACGUCCAGUCCGACGAGCAGCCCGACCUCCAGUCCGACCUCGCCCCCGACGCCCAGCCCGACGCCUUCGCCGACUGAGAUUACGACUAAUGCUCCGUUAUGUGCAUGCGAUUUCGAUGAUGUUCCGGAUCUUGGCAGAAACACUGCUAGUACGACAUCCACAAGUUUGCGCAGUUUCUACGGGUCUGAUUCGCAGUGGACUGGCAGAAACAGCGUUAGAGUUAUUUUUUCGAGAGCUUUUCAGGUGCAGCAGAAUUCUCAGUUGGAGCUGCGGGCGCUCCCUCCAGUAUGUUGUUGUGGAUGGACAUGCGGGCGCACGAUCCGUUUAUGCACAGUCGGUCUUACCUGAUUGAUUCCAGACCUACUGGGCAAGGGACAUUAUAUUUUGACAGUUAUAAAACCGUUGAGUUUACCACAUGUGCGGGAAUUGCCAGGGUGAAGCGUCGUGGCAGGCAUCGAUUGCCGAUGCGCCAGCGUCUGACACAUGGGUGCAUUCUGCGAUCGUGUCAGGCCCUACAGGGACGCGCCUUUUCAAGGACGGCGCAUUGUUGUAUGAGACUCGCAUCGAGUUGUGGCAUAUCUUACAGCACCGCUGUGGUCGACAAAGCAGUUCUAGGCUUUUACUUCGGAUCAGUUGGCAGUUCAGGGUCGUACGUCUUGGAUGUUUCCAUCGACGACCUCCAGUUUUACAAAUUGGCGUCACCAGCACAAGAGGUGCACGACUUCUACGCUGCGACGCUGGCGCCAACGCCGGCGGCGACUCCGCCGACCUCGGCGACGGCCACCGGCGACCCGCACAUGCAAAACAUCCACGGUGAACAUUUCGACCUAAUGACGUUGGGUAAGGCUACGUUGGUCAACAUCCCACGUGGUACGCCCGUCGAGGACGCGUUUCUUGCGGUAGAAGCAGACGCGCGUAGCCUGGGUGACCAUUGUGCCGACACGUAUUUCCAGUAAGUCAGCAUCACAGGGCUCAACGCCGAAGGCGUUGAGAGCCACAAUGUGCCGAAAUGGAUGAUUUUCGGGCCGCUGGAGGUCAAAGUCGUCCACGGGCGCACGGAGAAGGGGAUCAAGUAUUUGAAACUCUUCGUCUAACACCUUUGGUGAAGUCGGGCCUGUCCCUCUACAGGGGGAACAUUCAAAAAUAUUUGGAAUACGUGUUGAGUAUUGUUUACCUGCCGUCCGUCCAGAAUCAGCCUUUCGGAGGACACGCCCGACCUAAACCUUGGGCACAUUGGGCAUCACACGGAUGCAGCGAUGCUCCCAGCAGAAUGCCAGACCACGAUUUUAUUGCGUAAGCCGAGCAGGACCAGCGUCCCAGUUGAGUUGGUCUCGGUCGCGACCGCCAUCUGAGUCGACUGCCCGUCCUUUAUCUAAAGGUUGCCGCCUCUGCCGCCUACCCCAAUUGAGCG